AUGAGGAACUACAUGAAGCGGUACUUGAAUGUGGGGGAGUCUGUGUACGACUACUCUGUUGCCACGUGUGGCUCCUCGACUUACUUCGCUAGGAAGUAA